GUAUAUCGGUAUACGCAUGUCGUGUAUGAUGGGUACCUACCGUGGCUCGCCAAAGGUUAUAACUACCAUCUGCGUAACCUAGUAGUGUCUGAUACGUACGAAGCUUGGAUAGUUCGGUGCUCGUCGCAGUUGUGCGUAGACAUGUACCGGCUUUCUUCCCCCUGUCAUCUGGGCUUGUUUGCUCUUAUUUACGCAAGGGAGCUGAGCAGUCAUUUAACCUUGUGAGCAUUCACUGCGGUGAAACCUCAGUCGGUCAACGGCCCCCCAAUUCUGACGUUUACGCGCUCCCUUCAACCCCAACUUCCCAUACCACGCAUUCAAGAAGCACUUUUCCCUUCGCUCGCUUUUCUCCCUUCAUGGCCGCGUCUGCGAACAGAACUUGAGGAGCAAUCUUGAACUAACAAUCCCACCGCAACUAUUGACGACAAAUUUGACUGCAAUGGCAUCCGCCAAAGGAACCAUCCUUGUGACUGGGGCGAAUGGUGGCCUUGGAAGCGCCAUCGCCAAGCAGAUCGUCUCUAAACCAGAGCUUGCCGCCUUCCACGGCCUCUACACGGUCCGUGACUCCACUGCCGCGCCCGCCCUCAGCUCCGUCCUUGCAGCCAACCCGUCGCAUCCGCACGAUGUCAUUUCACAAGACCUCACGAAUCUUGCUAUCGUUCGCCAAACGGCCUCGACCAUCAACGCUCGUAUUGCAGCAGGCGAGAUCCCGCCCAUCCGGGCGCUAGUCCUCUGCGCCGGAUCCCAUGAUUUUGGCAAGCAGGCUUGGGACGAUGACGGUCUCGAUAAAAUAUUCAGCAGUAAUUAUCUCGGGCAAUGGCUAUUGACGCUUCUCCUAUUAGGGAGCAUGGACAAAGAGCACGGACGGAUUGUGGUGAUUGGAAGCCAGGCCCAUGAUCCCUACGAUAAGCGGAACGUAUCGAGCAAGGCGUUCGACGACGACAAGUAUAAGACGAUCAUCCAAGACGAAGCAAGCGUUGAGGCAAUCGCCAGAGGCAACUGGAGCUCCGCCCAGGAGGACCCGUCGUUCCGAGGAGGAAUCCGCCGCUAUGGCGCCGCAAAACUCUUCUUGAUCAUAUUCCAGCACGAGCUGCAGCGCCGCCUAGAUCAUGACCCCACGCUCAAGAAUAUCUGUAUUCUGGGCGUCGACCCCGGCACCAUGAUCACCGGUCUGCAGCGCACCGCCCCAUGGUUUAUCCGUGUCAUCAUAUUCCAGAUCAUUUAUCCUAUUAUCGCGACUCUUAUGCCCAACGGGCCAGUACGGAGCACCCAGAAAUCGGCGUCCCAUGUCCUAGGAGCUGUGUUUGACUCGAACCCGGAAUGGGGUGAAUAUCCAAAGGAUCGAUACUUCAAUGGAGCCGAGCCGUUUGAGACGAGUACCGAGUCGAGGGAUGUCAAGAAGGCACAGCUUGUAUGGAAAGUAAGCGCGCGCCUAGCGCACUUGGUGGAAGGUGAGACGUCACUUGUUGAUUGGCAAUGACCAUACGGCGAUGUUGUCUGGGCUUCUGCAAUCGUC